AUGCGUCAGACUUUGACAUUGGUGUUGAUCGGAUUACUGGCUUUUACAGCGACAGCCAAGGCAAAAGAGCAGGCUGUUAGCUAUGCGUCGGCUGGGAGCGAGGAUAUUUAUUUCCAGCCCAGAAGCAUCGAGGAACAGUUCGAUGAAUCUGAUGGCUACGACGGCGAUGAUGAUGAUGAUGAUCAGGGAGAGGGAGAGGAGGAGGAGGAACUUGAGGUGAAGCGUGGCGACAACAUCGAAGCCAUUGGUGAGGAUGCCAACAGCUGUGAGUACAGCUGUCCACGUUAUUAUCGUCCAGUUUGUGUGCUCCGCAAUGGCCAACCGAUCACCUAUGCCACGCCCUGCGAGUACCACAAUCAGCUGCGUUGCACCAAUGUGGCACGAAGAGUGGCAAAAACAGCAGCAGCAGUGGCAAAGCUUCCCAGCUUCGAGUUAAUGUACAACACUGCGUGCAGAGAUUGA